AUGAUAACGUCUGCCGCUGGAAUAAUUUCCCUCCUUGAUGAAGAGGAGCCACAGCUCAAGGAAUUUGCUCUGCAUAAACUCGACACCAUUGUGAAUGACUUCUGGGCCGAGAUUUCAGGAUCUGUAGAUAAAAUCGAGGUCCUGUACGAGGAUGAGACUUUUCGGAGCAGAUCAUUUGCUGCCCUGGUGGCCUCAAAGGUGUUUUACCACCUUGGAGCCUUUGAGGAGUCUCUUAAUUAUGCUCUUGGUGCCGGAGAUCUCUUUAGUGUCACAGAUGACUCGGAGUAUGUUGAGACCAUCAUUGCCAAGUGCAUCGACCACUACACAAAGCUGAGAGUGGAAAAUGCUGAGCUGCCAGAGGAUGAGGAAAAGAAAAGCAUCGACCCCCGCCUGGAGGGCAUUGUCAAUAAGAUGUUCCUACGUUGCCUUGAUGAUCACAAGUACAAACAGGCCAUUGGCAUCGCCCUGGAGACCAGGCGUCUGGACAUCUUUGAGAAAACCAUCUUAGAAUCAACUGACGUGAGCGGGCUCCUAGCCUACAGUUUGAAGGUCUGCAUGUCCCUGAUGCAGAACAAGAAGUUUCGUAAUGAAGUGCUCCGCGUGCUUGUCAAACUCUACAUGAACUUGGAGAAGCCUGAUUUCAUCAAUGUCUGUCAGUGCCUCAUAUUCCUGGACGACCCGCAGGCCGUGAGUGACAUUCUGGAGAAGCUGGUGAAGGAAGACAACCUCCUGAUGGCCUACCAGAUCUGCUUUGACCUCUAUGAGAGCGCUAGCCAGCAGUUCCUCUCCUCGGUCAUUCAGAACCUGCACACCGUUGGAACGCCCAUCCCAGCGGUGCCAGGCUCAACCAACACAGGCACCGUCCCAACCUCGGACAAAGACAGUGACACAAUGGAGACGGACGAAAAAGCAGGAAGCUCUCCUGCUGGAAAACCGGCCGACACGAAAGACGAGCCUAAAGACCAGAACGCCAAGAUGAUUAAGAUCCUUAGCGGGGAGAUGGCCAUCGAGCUGCAUCUGCAGUUCCUCAUUCGAAAUAACAACACAGAUCUAAUGAUUCUAAAAAACACAAAGGACGCAGUCAGAAACUCGGUGUGUCACACAGCCACAGUAAUCGCCAACUCUUUCAUGCACACGGGAACCACAAGUGACCAGUUCCUCAGAGAAAACCUAGAAUGGCUAGCGAGGGCCACAAACUGGGCAAAGUUCACAGCCACAGCAAGCCUUGGCGUCAUCCAUAAGGGUCAUGAGAAAGAAGCGCUCCAGCUAAUGGCCACUUACCUGCCCAAAGACACCUCCCCUGGCUCCGCCUACCAGGAAGGAGGAGGCCUGUACGCUCUGGGCCUCAUUCAUGCCAACCACGGUGGGGACAUUAUCGACUACCUGCUCAGUCAGCUGAAGAAUGCCAGCAACGAUAUCGUCCGUCAUGGCGGAGCCCUUGGUCUGGGUUUGGCUGCACUUGGCACAGCCAGACAGGAUGUUUACGACCUGCUCAAGUCAAACCUUUACCAGGAUGAUGCUGUCACUGGGGAAGCUGCAGGCCUGGCUCUGGGUCUGGUCAUGCUGGGUUCCAAGUCGGCUCAGGCAAUCGAGGACAUGGUGGGCUAUGCCCAGGAGACGCAACACGAGAAGAUCUUGCGUGGCCUGGCUGUGGGAAUCGCCAUGGUCAUGUAUGGCCGCAUGGAGGAGGCCGACGCUCUCAUUGAAAGUCUCUGCAGAGAUAAGGACCCCAUCCUGCGCCGGUCUGGUAUGUACACCGUAGGAAUGGCCUACUGCGGCUCUGGGAACAACAAGGCCAUCCGACGCCUGCUACAUGUCGCUGUGAGUGACGUCAACGAUGAUGUCAGAAGGGCUGCUGUGGAGUCCAUUGGCUUCAUCCUGUUCAGGACCCCGGAGCAGUGUCCCAGUGUGGUGUCUCUUCUCUCGGAGAGCUACAACCCUCACGUGCGCUGCGGGGCCGCCAUGGCCCUCGGUAUCUGCUGCGCAGGGACGGGCAAUAAGGAGGCGAUCAAUCUGCUGGAGCCCAUGACCAACGACCCGGUGAAUUAUGUGAGACAAGGCGCCCUCAUAGCCUCUGCGCUUAUCAUGAUCCAGCAGACAGAAGUUACCUGUCCCAAGGUGAACCAGUUCAGGCAGCUGUACGCCAAAGUCAUCAACGACAAGCACGACGACGUCAUGGCAAAGUUCGGCGCCAUCCUGGCCCAGGGAAUCCUGGACGCAGGUGGGUCUCCAAACACAGCCGCCGCCGGUUUAUCUGCAUCUGUCACUGAGCGGGAGAUUGAGCGGGCCUGCGGUUCCGCCCCGCGUGACCUCAUCCCUCUGGGGGAU